CAGCAAGUAUUAACAAGAGAAGUAAAUCAACCAAAGAUAAACCAGAUUUUGCAGCUGUAGCAAUGGCAGCUUCGAUAUGUUUAAAGAACAGGUCAAGAUAUAUGACUGCCGUUCAGCUUUUGUUGACCAUAUUUCUUUAUCAUUCUAACUGGAUGAAUACACUUGCCCGGCUAUGUCCACUGAAAAUCACAACCAGUCAUACUUAUGUAUAUAAGAAGUUGGACGAGUUUGGAAAAGAUUACAACAAGGACAUCUUACAUUCGGUGAAAGAACAAGGGGAGUUUAUGGAACAACGAGCAGCCCAAAUAAACCCAGAUGCACAUGGUCAACAGAAUAACAGGUGUUUUACUCAAGAUGUUGGAAGAAAACUUGUGUUUGACAACAUUGACUAUCACCAAGAGGUUCACCGUAUGACAGAGGACCACCAAAAUGUAGACAAGCACUGUGUAACAGUAAUGGCAAUUGAAAACCGUGUUUCAGGGAAUCACCUUGGUGAAGAGCAGCCUAAGGAUGGGAUUCUUAAACUUCAGAAUGGUAAAUGUCUCCCAUCUUGUCGUGAUAAUCAAAAGCAACGUGAUAACUAUAUUGCUCUGGUGGGACGUGUUAUUUCUACCAAUAUAAAAAGUUUGGAAUUCUUAUCAGAUGCUGCUGUUCAUCAUAUUCCCCAUAUGUACACAAAAGAAAUGUGUAUGAAAUCAGAUUUGACAUUUCUUGGUAUGUUGCAUGAUAAUGAAAAUGACUCAGACGGAAUACUAGCUAUCCUGAAGUCUCUUCAAAAGUAUGUUCCAUGUUAUGGUGAAGACAAAGAUAAGCAAUAUGCUGGACAAGGGGUCGUUGGUGACCAAUUAAGUGUUGAGCGUGGGGUGAAUGGGCUUAGCUCAGUUGCAAAUGGAUUUACGCCAGAUGAAAGAAUUGAAGGCUUGCACUUUGAGAUUGCAGAUUGGCAUGCUGGGAACAAAUUUUUGGAGGUGGCUUUCUCUCAACUAUACAAUGUUGCAUCAGCUGGCGAUAAGUGUACCAUGUUUAGCGACAGAAACCUGGUGAAUAGGCGAAAUGUAAAGCAAGAUGUGACUGCAGCAGCCAAUGCUUGUAGAAGAUUUUUUGUCAUUGAAGUGGAAGCUCGAAUCAUUGCUGCAGCUAUGCAUCUUUUAGGAAUGCAGAAGAUUGAUGAAGAGCCAAGCAAACACAAGUUUUCAACAACUGCAAGUGCAAGUUUACAAGAGAGAAAAUCCUACUUGAAUAACAUUUCAUCACUUGUCAUUGAUGAAUUUGUUAUUGAUCAAAGGCGUAACAGUGAUGUUGAAGAGUCAGUUAAUUCAAUCCAAGAAGAUCUACAAACAGAUAUCCAUGGCAGGUUCCCUUGCCGGGCUCCUGGCUGUACAAAAACAUUUGCUCAUGCUGGAAAGUUAAGAACAGACCACGAAGCUAAACACAAUCCACCUGUGUCAUUGCGAGACUCUAAUGCACACAUUCUAGAAGCAACAUCUGUUCAUGAGGAUGAUGAUAUGUUGUCAUACCAGAGAUCACUUCUUGACUAUGGCAUGCUCGUGUUGAACUUUUUCGACGCAAUAUCAGAAGGGGAUGGUCAGAGAGUUGUUCGGUGUUGGAAAUUUUUUUUAAUGUACUUAAAACAUCAAGGAGGGUCAGCCAAGUAUUCACUGGAAGCACUGUAUUUGAUGUUUCAGAUAAAUGCUUUAUUGAGCCCCAAGUGUACACAUCAUCUAAUUUGGAACCGCUUUACCAAAAGCAAACCUGGAAUCAGUGGAAAUAUUCCAUUAGACCUGCAGUUGGAAUUUUUAAACAAGUUGGUAAAAGAGGCUAUAAAAAAUCAAGGAGCAGGUGCGUCAGAUAAAUCCCUGGAUAGAAUCUGUCACUCACUGGGGGUAACCUCAUCUUUGAUGAAGACUUUUGACACCAACUUAUCAGUUUUCAAAAGAGCAGGAAGACAUGUUAAGACCUCAACUCAAGGGGAUCUAAAGAAAAUUGUCAAUGAAUUAGUAGUUAAUAAUGCCUUCACAUGCACACCAGGACGGAGAUACAGUGUUUUUAAACAUGUUAAGCCAAGUUUGUUGAGUGGCUUUGAUAUGCAUAAAAUGUUUACAUGGAUAAACAAUCAUAAAAAAUUCAUGAUUUUGAACAGAAAAGCGAGAUGAAGUGUAAAUAAUGUUUAGUUUUUAAUUAAUGGGUUUGGGAUCUUAAAAAAUUGCUA